AUGGCCGACCUCGGAGACGGUUGCCCGGCGGGGCGGGAGCCUGCACGACCGCCAGACUCGGGGCCCGAGGCUGGAGAAGAGUUUGAGAUCGUGGACCGGAGCCAGCUGCCGACCCCGGGCGAGCUGCGCAGUGUGGGGAAGCCGCGGACUGCAACCGAAGGCUGGUCGAUGCCCAUCCUGACCCUUGCGCGAAAGGCCUCAGGGAACCUGUCGGCGAGUUGCGGGAGCGCGCUGCGCGCAGCCGCCGGGCUGGGCGGCGGGGACGGCGGCGCGGACGUGGCGGCGCGCGCAGCCGCCAAACUAAGAAAAAUGCAGGAGCUUGAAGAGGCUUACGAAGGCGACCAGCAACCGCACGCCUGCAUUUCUACGUGUCCCCAGGACAGCAGCAUUAUUCUCAACGAUUGA